CUCAUGAGUAUAAAUAACAAGGUCUAGCUAGCUCUUGUCUACUCAUAAAAUAUCAUAUCCAUCUCAUGUAAUAAACAAAAAUUGAGCUUAUUAAUUAUAAUUGAGAAAAAAAAAAUCAUGCCUAGAGAUCCUUUAAUAGUUUCUGGAGUUGUUGGAGAUGUUGUUGAUCCAUUCACAAGAUGUGUAGACUUUGGUGUGGUUUACAACAAUAGGGUGGUCUACAAUGGAUGUGCCUUGAGGCCUUCACAAGUUGUCAAUCAACCUAGGGUUGACAUUGCUGGAGACGAUCUUCGUACUUUUUACACUCUGAUUAUGGUGGAUCCUGAUGCUCCAAACCCUAGCAACCCAAACCUGAGGGAAUAUUUGCACUGGUUGGUCACAGAUAUCCCAGCAACCACAGGAGCAACCUUUGGCAAUGAAGUCGUAGGCUACGAGAGCCCACGACCCUCGAUGGGAAUCCAUCGUUAUAUUUUCGUGUUGUAUCGACAAUUGGGCCGCGAUGCCAUCGAUGCACCGGACAUAAUCGAUUCUCGUCAAAAUUUCAACACAAGAGACUUUGCUAGGUUUCACAAUCUAGGUUUGCCUGUUGCUGCUGUUUACUUCAAUUGCAAUAGGGAAGGUGGUACCGGUGGUCGUCGAAUAUAAAUCACCCCCCUCCUCGGGGUGUGAUCCGUUCUCGAACUCUGUGUCAAUAUCAGAUGUUUUGUGUAACGGAUUCUUCUUUAUCUAUCAUUAUUAUUACUAUAUAUCGAUAUUAUAUAUGAGUUGGUUUUGUUUGAUAGUCACUCAACUAAUUGUUUAUUAACUCAGAAAGUCAUUUUUCUUUUUAUCGAAGAAAAUUGAAAUUAUGAGAUAAUAGCUAUUAUAGUUGAGUGAUAAUCUGAAAAAAAAUCAACCAUAAUAUAUAUUAUAUAUAUAUAUAUACCCAAAAAAUAAAAGUCUUGUUUGGUAUAUAUCAAUAUAUGUAUAUGUGUUUUAUAUUUUAUUACUGAAUUUUAAUUUGUAUGUAUACGAGUCUACAUGUAAAAGUGUAGAUAUAUUUACUAUAUCUAUUUGAUAAAAGAGUUUGGGUUUCUUAUUGUA